AACAUAUGCAGCAAACCUCGAUUUCCAUUAGCUUUGCGAUUUUUCUCGUCGCGUCUGCUUAUGCAGCCAUUUGUCCCGACAGCAAUGGCAUGGACGAUGAUAUUCGCCAAGCAUUCUUGAAAAUUCACAACGAUCUAAGAUCGCUAGUGGCUAACGGAAAAGCCAAAGACGGUAAGGGAGGCUAUGCUCCUUCGGCUGCGAAGAUGUUCAAAUUGAAAUAUGACUGCGAUGUGGAAAAGCACGCCGUGAAACAUGCGGCUAAAUGUGUUUUCCAACACUCAAACGAUAGCGACUUUGGGGAGAACAUCUACAUGCGCUGGCCAGCCUAUGGCAAAGUUAGAGCUGCAAAGGAUGCUUCAAGAUCGUGGUUUGAGGAGCUUGCGCAGAACGGAGUUGGAAAAAGCCUCAAAUUUACUAAGGAACUCCUCAAUCGUGGCGUUGGUCACUACACACAAAUGAUUUGGCAGUCUACAAAAGUUAUUGGUUGCGCGGUUGUAAAUUGCCCCAAGAUGUCGCUUGUUGUCUGCAACUACAAGAAAGCAGGGAACAUCCUUAACUCCAAGAUCUAUGAAACAGGAGCGCCAUGCUCGAAGUGUCCAGGAGGAUGCUCUGAAGGUUUAUGCACUGUCUGAACUAAAUCAGCUCUGAAGGUUUAUGCAUUGUCUGAAUUAAAUUAAUUUGCAGAGUAAAUAUCAUGCUGA